CGGAGGCGCCGGGGCCCUGACGUCAAGGCCCGAUGGCCGCCCGCCCGCCCGGCAGCAUGGAGGCGGCAGGGCUGGGGGCAGGCCGCCGCCAGCGCUGAGAUGGACCUCAAGGGCCAGUACUGGACGGACGAUGACUCCGACGGGGACAAUGAGUCCGAGGAGUUCCUCUACGGGGUGCAGGGGACCUGCGCCGCCGACUUGUACCGCCACCCGCAGCUGGACGCCGACAUCGAGGCCGUGAAGGAGAUCUACAGUGAGAAUGCCGUGUCCGUCAGGGAGUAUGGGACCAUUGACGACGUGGACAUUGACCUCCACGUGAACAUCAGCUUCCUCGAUGAGGAGGUGGCGACAGCGUGGAAGGUGCUUCGGACGGAGCCCAUCGUCCUGCGCCUGCGCUUCUCCCUCUCCCAGUACCUCGAUGGCCCCGAACCGUCCAUCGAGGUCUUCCAGCCAUCCAACAAGGAGGGCUUCGGGCUGGGUCUGCAGCUGAAGAAGAUCCUGGGCAUGUUCACAUCCCAGCAAUGGAAACACCUCAGCAACGACUUCCUGAAGACCCAGCAGGAGAAGCGACACAGUUGGUUCAAGACGAGUGGCACCAUCAAGAAGUUUCGAGCGGGCCUCAGCAUCUUCUCCCCCAUCCCCAAGUCGCCCAGCUUCCCCGUCAUCCCGGACUCAGUGCUGAAGGGCAAGCUGGGCGCGCCCGAGGUGCGUGUCAACCGCCUGAUGAACCGCUCCGUCUCCUGCACAGUGAAGAACCCCAAGGGGGAGGUUUUUGGCUACGCCCCCAGCACCCAGGCAGGUGUCGCCCCCUUCAACAUCCUGGUUGGUGGCCACUGCAAGAAUGUCCCCACGCUGGAGUACGGCUUCCUCGUCCAGAUCAUGAAGUACGCGGAGCAGCGCAUCCCGACGCUCAACGAGUACUGCGUGGUGUGCGACGAGCAGCAUGUCUUCCAGAAUGGCUCCAUGCUCAAGCCGGCCGUGUGCACCCGGGAGCUGUGCGUCUUCUCCUUCUACACCCUGGGCGUGAUGUCCGGCGCAGCGGAGGAGGUGGCCACAGGUGCUGAGGUGGUGGACCUGCUGGUGGCCAUGUGCCGCGCUGCGCUGGAGUCUCCUCGCAAAAGCAUCAUCUUUGAGCCUUACCCCUCUGUGGUGGACCCCAAUGACCCCAAAACACUCGCCUUCAACCCCAAGAAGAAGAACUACGAGCGGCUGCAGAAGGCCCUGGACAGCGUGAUGUCCAUCCGGGAGAUGACCCAGGGCUCCUAUCUGGAGAUCAAGAAGCAGAUGGACAAGCUGGACCCCCUGGCACAUCCCCUCCUGCAAUGGAUCAUCUCCAGCAACAGGUCCCACAUCGUCAAGCUGCCUCUCAGCAGGCAGCUGAAGUUCAUGCACACCUCACACCAGUUCCUCCUGCUGAGCAGCCCCCCGGCCAAGGAAGCCCGUUUCCGCACUGCCAAGAAGCUCUACGGCAGCACCUUUGCUUUCCACGGCUCUCACAUUGAGAACUGGCACUCCAUCCUCCGCAACGGGCUGGUCAACGCAUCCUACACCAAACUGCAGCUGCAUGGAGCAGCCUAUGGCAAGGGCAUCUAUCUGAGCCCCAUCUCCAGUAUUUCCUUUGGAUACUCAGGGAUGGGGAAAGGGCAGCACCGGAUGCCUUCGAAGGACGAGCUGGUGCAGAGGUACAACCGGAUGAACACCAUCCCCCAGACCCGCUCCAUCCAGUCCCGCUUCCUCCAGAGCCGCAACCUGAACUGCAUCGCGCUUUGCGAAGUCAUCACCUCCAAGGACCUGCAGAAGCACGGCAACAUCUGGGUCUGCCCCGUCUCGGACCACGUCUGCACCCGCUUCUUCUUUGUGUACGAAGACGGCCAAGUGGGAGACGCCAAUAUCAAUACUCAGGACCCCAAAAUCCAGAAGGAGAUCAUGCGUGUGAUCGGGACUCAGGUGUACACAAACUGAGUGGCAGGGACCCGCCGCGGCGCUCCUGGGCGCUGAGCGAUGGCCCGUGGCCGAGGAUGGGCGAGCGGGUUUCGUGCCGGCCGGGCGACGCGCGCGGCUCUGGGCAGGACAGAAGCGGGGGCACCGACGCUGGCGGCACCUCCCUGUACAUAGGCGUAAAGCGGCGAGCGCGCAGCGGGCGGGUUGAGCGGUCCCUUGUCCCCACAUCGUCCCCAACCCAGCGUGGGGCACGGCGCGUGCCCGGUGGUGGCUGUCCCUCCUCACGUUUACAGCGACGGCGUUUUUACCGAAGUUGAGAAAAUGAAGCAAAAAAAAAAAACAAAAAAAAAAAAACCAUGCAAAAAACAAAAAACAGACAAAAAAAGAAAAAAGAAAUCUGUCAUGGUGUAGUAAAAUUCUUUGAACACCCUGGUGGGCAGGGGCUG